ACUCAUUUCUAGAUUGAUCCAUCCAAUUCCAAACGACCCUUUAAAGAAAACAAAUCUAAUGGAUGAUGAAAGUCUAUGUAUGGGUGUUGACACACUACCUUACUUGUUUCAUACAAAAAUAACGAAAUAAAAAGAAUCACGAACAAAUAGGAAAAAAGAAAAGUUUCAUGCCACGAGUCUUAUUUCUCUUUCCUUUUUUUCGAAACACCCAUACUUUUCAACCAAUCCCCCAGAAUUGCAGAAAGGAAACAGUCAGUGAAGCCGAUCGCGCGACUAAUUUUUCGAGAAGUACAUUUUUCACAUCCUUCCACGCGUGUACUAGGUACAAGUCUUCUGAAACUCGCUCUCUCUCUUUUUUUUCCUACAUUCAAUCUCGAAAUCUUAGCAUCUCAUCAUUUCUCUUUACCAAUCACAUAAAUUAGAUCUUGAAAAUCUCUAUUGUAAUUCCCUCCUCCCUAGUUUAAUUUUUUUUUUCUUUCCCCCUUUUUUCCUUUUGAGCAUAGUAAUUAAUUAUGUCUACAGAGUAUCAAGGGACGACAACAGGAGUCCCGAGGCCAACGAGACCACUCGCCGUCGAGCCAGAUAGCAAUGGUCUCAUUCCACUAUCAACCAAAAAAGACAAAGAAAACAAAAGCGAUACCAACAACAAAACAAGCUUAGAGAGUGGUCGUCGCGCCGGAUCUACAACAACGACAUUCCUCCGCAAAGCACAAAAUAGUUGCUCGCGAUACUGGAAUAAUGCGCCGACGUCGACACAGCUAAUCGGGCUCCUCACCCUCCUCGUAUCCGGCACCGUUUUGCUCUUCUUCACCGGCGUCACCAUCGCCGUCGCCAUUCUGACUCUCAUCUUGUUUGCCCCGUUGGUGAUCAUCUCCAGCCCCGUAUGGAUCCCCGUCGGCGCGCUUCUCUUCGUCCUCGUCUCCGGCUUCUUGAUGACGUGCGGCUGCUUUGUGGCCUUUGUUGCCGGGUUGUCGUGGAUGCAUAGCUAUUUUAGAGGGAUGCAUCCGCCCGGGUCGGACCGGGUGGAACAGGCCAGGAACCGGAUCGUCGACACGGCUACCCAUGUCAAGGAAUGUGCUAAAGAAUAUAGUGGGUACAUGCAAGACAAGACCAACAAGGAUGUUGCUCCUGGAGCCUAGCUCCAAUUGUUGAUGGGUCGGACCGGUCGGGUUGGGUUGGGUUCACGGUUGAAUCUGGUUAGGAUAUAGUUUCCGACGGGUACUUUUUGGAUCUUAUUAGGUUUUUCUUUCCGUUGUUUGUGGUUCUGAUGAUAGGAACAAGAGAGAAGAAAUCUUCUAGCGGUUUUUUUUUUCUUCCAUUGGUUGUCCCUUUUUCUUAAAAGGUAUAAAUUUCAGUUUUAUUACCAUAAAUUUUGUAUUUUUUUUUUCACUUUGAUUAUUUUUGUCUUUAAUUUUAAUUUGUAUUUUCUCUUUUGUUCUUCUUUACUCUUCAGUGUAGAAGUUAGAGGAUAUCGGACCUGCUUAACUGUUUAGAUUUUGUGUUUGAAAAUUGAUAUAUGAUGUGAACGUUGCGCGCAAUUUCUUUAAAUUAUAUAUUUCUUUUAAUGAAUAUUUGUGUUUGGA